UCCCCUCCCCCACUUUUUUCUUCUGCUGUGCACCGCGGUGCUCAGGUUUUGAAUCGGUACCUGGUCCAAACUUUGGUGCAUCACUGCAGACAACUCCGAUUGAAACCGGCGUUGAACAGUCUCCAAGCUGGUACUGCCACCUUUGCGCUUCUGCCCUGUCUAAGCUAUGUCUACGUGCAUGUACAAGUUGCGUCCGAUUGUGAGCCAUGAUGAAACCUUGCCAGUCCCCAGCCACAACAUGUAUCACAUAAAACCGAUCCAAGAGGCCGGGAAAGGUCAGGGCCCAUCUGGCGCCACCACGGUACGUCUUGCCGAUAUCUCGGAGCGGGUGCAGGAGUUGAUUCAGGGUUCUCAAGGCGACAUGGCCUCUCUGGAAGGGCGACAGGAGGACAUCCUUAAAAAGCUUGCCAAGCUUAAGACUGACAUUGAAGACCUGAGAACAAUACUCCGACAACCUAGUCAAGUCACAGCAGCAUCUGUCACAUCUGCCGGCACCUGCCCUCCAUGUCCUGAGCUGGGAGAGUCACGAGACAUUGUUGUGUAUGCUAGCCCAGAGCAUCCUCCAUACUCCCUUCUUGGCCUGGCUCGCUUGUGGGGUGUGUCCUGUCCACUCCAGCUGACAAAUCACACCCAUUCAUCAGUCAAAGAAACCCCAGCCUGCGCUGAGUCAUUUUGUAAUUCUGUAAAUGGAGCUGCCCAAAUGCGGAUUACAUUGGUUUGGAAAGAUGUUGGUGCUGAAACAGAGCUGGUUAUCAAUCCUAUCAAGCAUAUUUCAAUUCGGGGUGAAACAAAUAUUCUGAGAUUUUUAAGCAGAGUUGGUCCUAGCAAUUUGGCAUACGAAAACACUUCAGACCUGAUACAGAUUACUCAACUUGAUGAGGUGCUAGACAACUGUCAGCGACUCGCUCGCAGCCGAACAGUCAAGGAGAAGCAGGCAAUCAUCAGAAGCUUCAAUGCUAGUCUGGGCAAGUCAGAAUGGAUGGCUGGGCAGGCCAAGGUAUCAAUUGUUGACCUUGCUGUCUGGUCUGUUGUGAAGCAACUAGGAAGUUCUGCGACACUCACCCAAGCUACAACAAAAUGGAUGGAGCGUUGCAAUGCACUCUUCCAAUGAAAUGUGCCUUGCUGUCCAAACCUUGGAAACGUCUGUGUAUAUGGAUUAUCUCUCUUAUGCUUCAUCCUGGCUGAUGAAGGAGAGCUGUGUGAUACCAGUGGUGAAGUAAAGUAACAGGAUUAUCUUGCCACUGCCUGGUAUUUGCUACUGCCAGUAUACUCAUUGUUCAAGUCUUCCACAAAACUGAAACUUAAUUAACUAUUUAUGCUUUUAAAAAACAAAAUUAAUUACAAUAAAAAAGGAGAGAAACAGCA